UUGCUUUGCAUUCUCGUUUUCAAUUUCGCUCUUAUAAAUAUUGGUAGUUCCGAAUGUUUUCAAAGUCACUUUCACCAUCACGCAUUAUUGUGUGACUGGGGAGUAAUAACAACCCCCUCGUUUUCCCUGUACCCACCAUUUCUUAAGUGGUAACAGCCAAAACACCACCAUAAAGAAGGCCACAGUUCCCCCUGCUUCAUUCCCUUGUGCCAAGUUUGCUCUCUGCCAUCCCUUAGAACAUUUCAUUUGUUAUCUCUUUCGCUCAGUUUGAGGGAACAUAAUUCAGCUUUCUCAAGCCCGGAUUUUAUUUUCCCCGAGGUAAAACCAACUCAUGAAGCUGUUUCAUCUCCAGGCCGUAAAACGCAUCUUACGUGAAGGGUUCUCUUGAAUUGAUUUUGCUGAAAUAUACAGUCUUUCUGAUCGAACCCUUCUCAGAGGGGUACUAUUGCUGCAGUCAUUGAAAUAUUUCCCAAGAGUUAGUCCUGGUUCGCGAAUCUGAACUGUGUAUUGUGUCUGAUAAAAUGUCUCAAUUUGGACAUGCUUCUGCCGUAUAUUGGACUGGUCAACACAACGCAACUAAUCUGUGGAACCCAAGGUAUACUUGGAGAUGUGGUUGUCCCAUUAGUUCAAGGCAUAACAAUGCGCUAUCAUUUAAAGGGAGUGAUUCAUUGGGUCAUAGGGUAUCAAAUGCCUAUGCUAUUAGAACCAGACCAAUGAAGAAUGUGCAGCCUUUGCAGUUCUUUGUGUUGAAGGUGGUUUGCAUGGACUAUCCCAGACCAGAGCUUGAGAGUACUGUCAAUUAUUUGGAAGCUGCUUACUUAUCUUCAUCCUUUCGUACUUCUCCUCGUCCAGAUAAACCAUUAAAGGUCGUAAUUGCUGGUGCAGGUUUGGCUGGUUUGUCAACUGCAAAAUAUUUGGCGGAUGCAGGCCAUAAACCUAUAUUGUUGGAAGCAAGAGAUGUUUUAGGUGGAAAGGUGGCUGCGUGGAAAGAUGAUGAUGGAGACUGGUAUGAGACGGGCUUACAUAUAUUCUUUGGCGCCUACCCAAAUGUCCAGAACCUGUUUGGAGAACUUGGUAUAAAUGAUCGGUUGCAGUGGAAAGAACAUUCUAUGAUAUUUGCAAUGCCAAACAAGCCAGGGGAGUUCAGUCGAUUUGACUUCCUUGACAUUCUACCGGCACCAUUGAACGGGAUAUGGGCUAUCUUAAAGAACAAUGAAAUGCUUACUUGGCCAGAGAAAGUAAAGUUUGCAAUUGGACUACUGCCAGCAAUGGUGGGUGGACAGGCUUAUGUUGAAGCUCAAGAUGGUUUAACUGUGAAAGACUGGAUGAGGAAACAAGGUGUACCAGAUCGAGUAACUACUGAGGUGUUUAUUGCCAUGUCAAAGGCAUUAAACUUCAUAAACCCUGAUGAACUUUCCAUGCAGUGUAUUUUGAUUGCCUUAAACCGGUUUCUUCAGGAAAAGCAUGGUUCGAAAAUGGCAUUUUUGGAUGGUAAUCCCCCAGAGAGACUUUGCCUGCCAAUUGUCGAUCAUAUUCAGUCACUAGGCGGUGAAGUCCGACUUAAUUCUCGAAUUCAAAAGAUUGAGCUGAAUAAAGAUGGAACCGUGAAGAACUUUUUGCUAAAGAAUGGUAAUGUUAUUGAAGGAGAUGUUUACGUUUUUGCCACUCCAGUCGAUAUCUUGAAGCUUCUUUUGCCCGAAGACUGGAAAGAGGUUCCUUACUUCAGGAAAUUGGAGAAAUUAGUUGGAGUUCCCGUUAUAAAUGUUCACAUAUGGUUCGACAGGAAACUGAGAAACACAUACGAUCAUCUUCUUUUUAGCAGAAGUCAGCUUCUCAGUGUGUAUGCUGACAUGUCUGUUACAUGCAAGGAAUAUUACGACCCACAUCGCUCUAUGCUGGAAUUGGUUUUCGCCCCUGCAGAGGAAUGGAUCUUGAAAAGUGAUCAAGAAAUUAUUGACGCUACUAUGAAGGAGCUCGCAAAACUCUUUCCUGAUGAAAUUUCUGCAGAUCAGAGUAAAGCAAAAAUAUUGAAGUACCAUGUCGUUAAAACACCAAGGUCUGUUUAUAAAACUGUCCCGGACUGUGAACCUUGCCGUCCGUUACAGAGAUCCCCAGUGGAAGGUUUCUAUUUGGCCGGUGACUACACAAAACAAAAAUAUUUGGCUUCAAUGGAAGGUGCUGUUCUUUCAGGAAAGUUUUGUGCACAAGCUAUUGUACAGGAUUUCGAAUUGCUUGCUUCCCGGAGCCAGGAAAAACUAGCUGAGGCAAGUCUGGUGUAACAAACAAUGCAAAUCUGAAGCAAAUUUGUGAUUACCCAGAAAGCAUGCAGAAAUUAAGGAUCUGCAGAUACAUGGUAUUUGGGCAAGGAAAAUGCUGCAAAAAUACACGUCAGUCAUCUAUUCAACAGCAAGCUAUUUGACAGCGAAUCCCUAAGAGUGCAAGUUUACCUAUUUUUGUUUUCAUCACUGUAAUCUGUAUACAUGACUGUGCCCUAAGGUAAAUUCAGUCGAUUUUAGGAGAAGGUUUGUAAAAAUAUCACACUCUUGGUGAAAAUGUUACAAAUUUAGAGGAACGCUAUAUGCUUUUAAACUUCUUGUACACUCAUUUCUGUUUCAAAUGAAGCGAUUCGUUACCAACUCACA